CGUCUUACGCUCCACUUGUACCCGGCACGCAGUGGCGCGAAAACCCUUCAGUGUGUAGUUUGACGGCAGCAGAGCACACACCGUACCAAACUCUGUGCGCAAUAUUUUAAGGUUUUAAAGUAGAAACAAAUAAGCGCUUAUAAUGGCAACCGACGUCGUAGAUGACCUGGCGAUGAGAGAGGCUCAGAGGGACUACCUGGACUUUCUGGACGACGACCAAGACCAGGGGGUUUACCAGAGCAAAGUCCGGGACAUGAUCAGUGAGAAUAAAGCUCGACUCACCGUCAACAUCAACGACCUGAGGAGACGCAACGAGGCCCGGGCUGCAAAACUGAUGAGCAAUGCGUUUGAGGAGCUGCUGGCGUUCCAGCGGGCUCUGAAGGACCUGGUGGCCUCAGUGGACGCCACCUACGCCAAGCAGUACGAGGAGUUCUUCAUCGCCCUGGAGGGCAGCUUCGGCACCAAGCACGUCACCCCCCGCACCCUGACCGCCCGCCUGCUGGGCAGCAUGGUGUGCGUAGAGGGCAUCAUCACAAAGUGUUCCCUUGUGCGUCCUAAAGUGGUGCGCAGCGUCCACUACUGCCCGGCCACCAAGAAAACCAUGGAAAGGAAGUACACGGACAUGACCUCGCUGGAUGCCUUCCCUUCCAGUGCCAUCUACCCCACCAAGGACGAGGAGAACAACCCUCUGGAGACGGAGUUUGGUCUCUCCGUCUACAAGGACCACCAGACCAUCACGGUGCAGGAGAUGCCGGAGAAGGCGCCCGCCGGCCAGCUGCCCCGCUCGGUGGACAUCAUCCUGGACAACGACCUGGUGGACGUGGUCAAACCGGGGGACCGGGUGCAGGUCAUCGGCACGUACCGCUGCCUGCCCGGCAAGAAGGGAGGCUUCACCUCUGGCACAUUCAGGACCAUCAUGAUAGCCUGCCACAUCAAGCAGAUGAGCAAGGAAGUGUCCCCCAACUUCUCGGCGGACGAUAUAGCCAAAAUCCGAAACUUCAGCCAGACUCGCCAGGACGUGUUUGAUCAGCUGUCGCGCUCCCUGGCUCCCAGCAUCCACGGCCACGAGUACAUCAAGAAGGCCAUCCUGUGCAUGUUGCUGGGCGGCGCCGAGAAGGUGCUGGACAACGGUUCGCGCAUCAGAGGAGACAUCAACAUCCUGCUCAUCGGUGAUCCAUCGGUGGCAAAGUCCCAGCUGCUGCGCUACGUGCUCCACACAGCGCCCCGGGCCAUCGCCACCACCGGCCGCGGCUCCUCCGGCGUGGGUCUGACCGCCGCAGUCACCACUGACCAGGAGACCGGUGAGCGGCGUCUGGAGGCGGGGGCCAUGGUGCUGGCCGACCGCGGCGUGGUGUGCAUCGACGAGUUCGACAAAAUGUCCGACAUGGACCGCACGGCCAUCCACGAGGUGAUGGAGCAGGGCCGCGUCACCAUCGCCAAGGCUGGCAUCCACGCCCGCCUCAACGCCCGCUGCUCUGUGCUGGCGGCCGCCAACCCCGUCUACGGCAGGUACGACCAGUAUAAGACCCCCAUGGAGAACAUCGGCCUCCAGGACUCCCUGCUGUCCCGUUUCGACCUCCUGUUCAUCGUGCUGGACCAGAUGGACGCCGAGCACGACCGCGAGAUCGCCGAUCACGUGCUGCGGAUGCACCGCUACCGGGACCCCCGCGAGCAGGAGGGAGCAGAGGGGGGGGGGGGGGGGGGGACAAAAAACAUGCAGCACAGAGCCCAGCGCCCGCCUCGGCAGGGACUGAAAACCGCACAUCUGGGCGCCCGGUUUAAGGGUAGAGCCGACGGGUACAAACGGUGUUCCCCUUUUUGUUUCAGGGAUAAGAUUGUGAGCAAGGAGUUCAUGAGGAAGUACAUCCACAUCGCCAAGGCUGUGACCCCCGUGCUGACCGAGGAGGCAGCCAAUCACAUCGCAGAGGAGUACUCGCGGCUCAGGAGCCAGGAGCAGAUGGGCGCUGACAUCGCCCGGACCUCUCCAGUGACGGCCCGUACGCUGGAGACGCUGAUCCGCCUGUCCACCGCGCACGCCAAGGCCCGCAUGAGCAAAGCCGUGGAGCUGGAGGACUCGGAGGUGGCCGUGGAGCUCGUCCAGUUCGCCUACUUUAAAAAGGUUCUGGAGAAAGAGAAGAAACGGUCUCGACAGCAGCGCGACUCUGCUUCAGAGGAGGAAGAGGAGGAGGAGUCGGCCACUCAGCGUUCCCAGAAAACCACCAAGAAGAGGGGGCGCCGGGGCUCUCAGGGCAGCGAUCCCUACAGCCCGUAUGACUUCAGCGAGGAGCAGAACGUCCCCGACAUUCAGGCCGGCACCCCGAAACCAGCCAAGCCCCUGCGGGACGACGAGGAGCCCAUGGAGGCCACUUCCCAGGCCAAAGACUCGGAGCUCUCUGCAGAGAGGCUGAAGGAGUUCAAGUCGUCGCUGUUCGCCGUGUUCCAGUCGGCUCACGCUCAGUCGGUCAAGAUGAAGACGCUGAUGGACGACAUCAACAAGGAGCGCGAGAAGCGCUUCGCCGAGCCCGAGGUCCGCGCCGCGCUGGCUCGCAUGCAGGACGACAACCAGGUCAUGGUGGCCGAUGACAUCAUCUUCCUCAUCUGAGGGAGUGGGAGGGGGCAGGGGACGAUGACGCUGGCUGAAAUGGAUUACAUGGACUGUUGAAAGAGUGAUAAAUGGUAGGGAUGCACCGAAUCCAGAUUUUUGGGGUUCGGCCGAAUACCGAAUCCACUGGUUAAGAUUCUGCCGAAAACGAAUACCGAAUCCUCCUCCCCAUCCUCAGUCCAGUACACAUUAAUGAAGUAAACAACGUCCACAGCACUGUCUGUAGCUGUGGCUGUCCUUCCUUUACCGUACCUGAAGUUGCUGCAUUUUGGCUGCUGUCUGUAGAUUCCUUCAUGCACAAUUUUUCAGUCUUAGGGAUAUUUCCUACGCAGAAGUUGUGUAUUGUUUAGGGUCCUCGCCCUCACGAGACCAAUCUGCAUUGCAAAUUGAACAUGUAGCUGGACUUGAAUGGCCUUCUUUUGGCUGAAAGUUCUGCCAAACACUUGUUCUGCUCACGAGUUCCAUUUUCCCUUUCUCACAGCCUGCUGCAUUGAACACUCCACCUACGUAAACACCUUCCCGUAAUCAACGGCGCAGUCAUUACUUCGACCAGCGUAUCGCGCGUAGUGCAAGAGUAGGAUUCGGUUCGUUAAAAAAAAAAAUAUAUAUAUAAAUAAUAAUUUCUAAGGACAUCGAAUCUCGUCAAAAAAGCCCAAUAUUCGGUCCAAUCCAAAGCCGAAUCCUGGAUUCGGUGCGUGCCUGAUAAAUAUUGACAUUUUCUCCUGUUUGUAGAACACCCUCUGUUUCAUCUCUAAUGUUGCCACCUGAGCUCUAAUCUGCAAUUUCACACACGAGGCACCAAUAAUUACUCGAGUUGUUCCUGCUCGUUGAUUUGGAUCCACUGUGCUGCGGAUUGUUCCGUUUAGCAACGAAAGCUCCGGCGCAUUGCUCCCCUGUAAUAAGGACAUGAUUAUGUUAGGUUUACCAACGCUCCUGAUGUCUGGGUUUGUAUAUAGUUGAAGAGAAGUUUUGAAAUUGACUGUAGCUGUGUAUUAAAAAAUAAACUGUAAUGGGAAACAA